AUGGCUACUGUUACCUCAUCAAACCCUGUGUUUUCCACUCCUCCCCGUCCGUCUCAGACCUCAAACCACCAGGCGCAGGCGCAGCAGCAGCACCAGCACCAGCACCAGCACCAACAACUACAACAACAAACACACUCCCCAGUUUCCGCGCUCUCUCCGCAGCAGGCUGCUCGUGAAAAGGCCCGUGUGGCCGUUCUUCUCGAUAUCAAUUCAGCGCUGCUACAGGAAGUGGUGAACCUUCAAGCCUCAGGCAAGGCGGGCGUAACUCCCGCCCAGCCCGCUGCACAACAAUCGUCAUCCGUUAAAGAGAGCAGUACAAUCUCACCAACGUCUCCUACCGACAUUUCGGGUUCACAAUCGCAGAACCCUGGCAGCAGCGCAGACGGACCUAAACCUCCCUCUGGUCCCACCAACAAACCCAGCAUUGAAUAUAUCGACUGCAUGCGACGCCUCCAAGCGAACUUGGCGUACCUUGCUACUGUUGCGGAUCGCGCGAAGAAAUCAGGAGCCGCCGCUCCACAGGCUCCCGCAAUUAUGACUCCACCGCCAAGUCUCCCCGGUGUUACGGAUUUAUAUACCAAACUGAGUGAACUAUUUCCCGGGGCGUCAAAAUCAGGUGGCGUGCCGCCGUCUACGCCUCAGCAACAGCAACAUCACCAGCAACGAAACCUUACAGGAAGUUAUAUGUCGCCACAAGGGAAUGGCACUCCAGUUCGUAACUCACCGGCGGAAACGAUGGAAGCAUGGGAAACUGUCGUCCGCACCACGGACGACGCCCGUACUAGGUCCCCAAAUGUUUGGGCCUAA